UCCUGCCAUCCUCCAAAUAGUGGUGGGCCUGUGGCAGUGUAUCUCUCUCUCUCUCUCCGCCAAAAAUUCGAGGGAAUCCUACCUCAGAAUCACCAAUUUCGUUCUCUUCCAGAGAUUUUUCUCAGUGCCCACAAUUUAUCUUCUUGAGCUUUAGAUUCUUCGUUGUUCGCUUUUAAUCUCCCAAGGAAGGUGUUUAUCAAUGAAGUAUGUAGUUGGAAGUUUCUUUGCGGAGAACCCUCUCUACUCACAACGAAUUAUAGCACAUGGACAGAAAGGAUGAACCCCACAAGGAUUACUACAAAGUUUUGGAGGUUGAUUAUGACGCAACAGAAGAGAAAAUCAAAUUAAAUUAUCGAAGGCUUGCAUUGAAGUGGCAUCCUGACAAACACAAGGGCAACAGUGCUGUCACUGCAAAGUUCCAAGAGAUCAAUGAAGCUUAUAAAGUAUUGAGUGAUCCAGCUAAACGACUUGAUUAUGAUUUGUUGGGAAACUAUGAGAUUGACAAAUACACUUUGCGGGAAUAUCUUGCACGAUUCAAAGGAAUGAUACUCACUUGCAACGGGCUUGGUAUACCCCAUACUUCAAUAUGGUCACAACAGCUGAUGGAAACAAAUGAGUAUGUGGAUGAAUAGCAUAAGGAGAUUGAUAUACAUUUUGAGUUCAUUACAAUUUAGAGAGCUUCCAAACCAGUGGAUGUGUGCAUGUCUGAUGGAAUAUGAUUAUCUCAGCUCAAAACCAUUGCAACAUUGGAGUUGGUUGAGAAUGUACUUUUCAGUCUGUAAUGUUGAACGAUGAACUCCAUUCUGGAUGUAUCUUAACUUUCUUUUGAUAUGAUACACAUAUCUGCCUCUUUAGGGUUAAAGCUAAAGGGAUAGAUGCAAUGGUGGAUUUCAAACUUAGGACAAA